AUGGCAUGGAGAUAUGGAGCCGGACCAGGGUGUACAGAAACCAAAAUAGGACAAUAUGUUCAAGGAAAUUUUAUUGGCGAAAAAGUUUGGAAAUGUGUCAAAGGUUGCAGUGCAACAGCUAAACCACCCGUGGGUCCAGUGUACUAUACAUGUACAGCAGCCGUUAAGAAGGAAGACUGGGAACAAGGGGAGAAGAGUUUUCAAUAUACAUUUACUGGAAAAGGACCUUUUGUAGUUAGUUAUACUGGAGCUAUGUGGAUGAAUCUUGCUCUACCAUUUAGCCAGACGGGUAAUUCUGAUGGUGGAUGGAAUCUUCAAACGAUAGUUAAUUUAGGGAAACGGAGUGAUACUGGUCUUCCUAAUGCAAGUCCAGUUACAGCUAGUAAACCAUUAUAUGAGCUGCAGUUUCAAUGCAAACAUGAGAUACAGAUACCAAUGGUGGAUCCUGAUGGAGAUAAAGUAAGAUGUCGCUGGGCUGUCAAUGAAGAAUGUCAUAGUAUCUGUAAUGCUGUUCCUGUGGCGACACUUGACGAGGACACAUGUACAUUAGCAUUUAACGCAGACAAUACUAACUUCAAGGACGGUGGUUGGUAUGCCGCUGCAUUGACUAUAGAGGACUUUCCAAAGGCCCCAAUGCUCAUAGGAAAUACCUCUUAUAAUACCAGUACUGCAAUAACAGCCGUGCCUCUUCAGUUUAUAAUUCAUAUCAAAUCAAAGCCACUAGACUGUAACUGGAAACCAAUAUUUGUGCCUCCUACACCUGUCCAGGAAAUAGAUGAAUGUGCAUCCAACCCAUGCCAACAUGGUGGUACAUGCACAGAUCUUUUCAAUGCCUUUCAGUGCUCAUGUAAUCAAGGUUACAAUGGAACAUGUUGUGAGAUUGAUAUUGAUGAAUGUAGCAGCAAUCCAUGUAAGAAUAAAGGGACUUGUAAAGAUGGCGUCAAUAGUUAUAGCUGUGAUUGUCCACCUGGUUACACCGGAGUCAACUGCCAGUCAGAUAUUAAUGAAUGCUCUAGUAACCCGUGCCAAAAUGGUGCCACUUGUACAGACAGAGUCAAUGGCUAUUCGUGUGUAUGUGCUUCAGGAUUCUCAGGAGUUACUUGUCAAAUAGAGACUGAUGAAUGUGCUAGUAACCCAUGCCAGAACGGAGGGUCUUGUACUGAUCAGAUGAAUGCUUAUAAAUGCGCCUGUCAAAAAGGGUAUAGUGGAGACAAUUGUCAAAUAAAUAUAGACGAAUGCAACAGUGGACCGUGCCAAAACGGAGCAAAAUGUCUCGACCAGAUAAACGGGUUCACUUGUAUAUGUACGACAGGAUAUACUGGAAUCAAAUGUGAAAAAGAUAUUGACGAAUGCAGUAGUUCUCCUUGUAAGAAUGGUGCUAAAUGCAGUGACAAUGUAAAUGGUUACACAUGUAAUUGUUUGCUGGGAUAUACAGGUGUACAUUGCGAAACAGAUAUUGACGAGUGCGGUAGUAAUCCCUGUCAACAUGGAGGAACGUGUAGUGAUCAUGUAAACAAAUAUACAUGUCAGUGUCCGCUUGGGUAUAGGGGACAGAGCUGUGAACAAGAUAUAAACGAAUGUGCUAGUAAUCCUUGCAAACACGAUGGAACGUGUCAAGAUCAUAUAAACAGAUACACUUGUGAUUGUAAAUCUGGUUACACUGGAGCUAAUUGUGAGACAGAUGUUGAUGAGUGUGCCAGCACACCAUGCCAAAAUAAUGGAUCAUGUGUUGAUAAUGUAAACAAAUAUACCUGUCAAUGCUUACCUGGAUUUCUGGGAAGUCAUUGUGAACAUGAUACUGACGAAUGUGCUAGUCAGCCAUGCUCUAACGGUGGUACUUGCCAAGAUAGAGUUAAUGGAUAUGAUUGUAUUUGUAUGCCAGGAUAUACUGGAACAACAUGUGCUAUAAACAUAGAUGACUGCACACCAAAUCCUUGUAAACACAAUGGCAUUUGUCAAGAUAAAGUCAACGGAUUCAAAUGUGUUUGUCCUGCCGGGUAUUCUGGAGCUAGAUGUGACAAUGACGUUGAUGAGUGUGCCAGUAAUCCAUGUCAAUACGGAGGCACAUGUACAGACAAAAUCAAUGAUUUUAGUUGUUCCUGUGUCCCAGGUUAUACUGGAAAGAAAUGCCAGACAGACAUUGACGACUGUUUCAGGCGGCCAUGUGAACACGGAGCGACUUGUAUUGACUUAGUAAAUGAUUACUCUUGUAUUUGCCUUUCUGGUUAUACAGGACGAAAUUGUCAGACAGGUAAAUACCUUCAGAAUAUCAAUGAAUGUUAUCCUAACCCAUGUUUAAACGGUGGAUCCUGUUUUGACAAAGUUGAUAAUUACACAUGUGUUUGUAAAACUGGAUUCACUGGAAAUGACUGUCAGAUAGAUAUUGAUGAUUGUCAGCCGAAUCCAUGUCAGAAUGGUGCCACAUGUACAGAUAAAGUUAAUAGUUACAGUUGUGCCUGUUUACCAGGGUAUACUGAUCAUAACUGUGCAACAGAUAUAAAUGAAUGUUUGUCUCUUCCAUGUAAAAACGGUGGAAGUUGUACAAAUUUGAUUGAUAAUUACACAUGUACGUGUAUGGCUGGUUAUAAUGGAUAUAAUUGUGAACUUGAUAUUGAUGAGUGCACAUCUUACCCUUGUCAGCAUGGUGGUACAUGUAAUGAUCUAAUCAACAAAUAUCAAUGUACCUGUUCGCUUGGAUUCACUGGAAACAACUGUCAAACAGACAUAAAUGAAUGUUCCAGUAAACCAUGUCAACAUGGCGGUACAUGUACUGAUGAGAUAAAUGGAUACUCUUGCACAUGUUCGCCUGGCUAUACUGGAACCGAAUGUCAAAUAGAUAUAAACGAAUGUAGCAGUUCUCCAUGUCGAAAUGGUGCAACAUGCAAUGAUGAAGUAAACGGAUAUUCUUGUUCAUGUGUCGCAGGAUAUACAGACGUCCACUGUAUAACUGAUAUUUAUGAAUGUGCAAGCACUCCUUGUCAGCAUGGUGGCAACUGCACAGACAACAUUAACUACUAUACAUGUCAGUGUCCUGCUGGAUAUUCCGGGGAUAACUGUCAAAUAGAUAUAAACGAAUGUAGCAGUUCUCCCUGCAAACAUGACGGUAGUUGUAGAGAUCAUGUAAAUAGUUAUUCGUGUACAUGCAAGCCUGGAUAUACUGGUACCAACUGUGAAACAGACAUCGACGAAUGUUACAGUACACCUUGUAGAAAUAAUGGUACAUGUACAGACCUAAUCAAUAAGUACACAUGUCAAUGUCAGCCUGGAUUCAAUGGUAUCACAUGCCAAAUAGAUAUAGAUGAAUGUGUUAGUCAGCCAUGUUCAAAUAAUGGUUCAUGCCAUGACCAAGUGAAUGGUUAUGUGUGUAGCUGUAUGCCUGGAUACACAGGAAAGGAUUGUGUCAUAAAUAUUAAUGAAUGUGCCCCAAAUCCAUGCCAGAACAAUGGUAUAUGUCAAGAUCAAGUCAAUGGAUUCAGAUGUAUAUGUCCAAAAGGGUAUUCUGGUGCUAGAUGUGAUAAUGAUGUAGACGAAUGUUCUAGUUCUCCCUGUCAGAAUGGAGGUACAUGUUCUGAUCUGUUAAAUGACUUUUCCUGCUCAUGUAAUCCUGGAUACACUGGAAAGAAAUGUGAAACAGAUAUUAAUGAAUGUUUACGCCGGCCUUGUGAGCAUGGUGCAACAUGUUCUGACCUGGUUAACGAUUAUAAGUGCACAUGUGCACCUGGAUAUACAGGAAGACAUUGUCAUACAAAUAUCGAUGAAUGUUCUAGUAUCCCUUGCCAAUAUGGUGGACGAUGCAUAGAUAAGGUGAACGAUUACGAAUGUGUUUGUCUUGCAGGAUACACUGAUAAAAAUUGCUCUACAGAUAUUGACGAUUGUAUACCAAAUCCAUGCAGAAAUGGUGCUACAUGUAGUGACCAAGUAAAUAGCUACAACUGUGCAUGCAUUCCUGGGUAUACUGAUAAAAAUUGUGGGACAGAUAUUGACGAAUGCUAUAGAUCACCAUGUCAAAAUGGCGGUAGUUGUACUAAUCUGAUAAAUAACUAUACUUGUUCCUGCAAAUCAGGUUAUACUGGAUAUAACUGCGAUACUGAUGUCAACGAAUGUUUAUCCAUGCCGUGUUUGAAUGGUGCGAGUUGCCUUGACCAGAUAAAUAAAUAUACGUGCAUGUGUGUACAAGGAUAUACCGGGUAUAACUGUCAGAUUGACAUUAACGAAUGCGUAAGUUCUCCAUGUCGUCAUGGUAACUGUACAGACGAUGUAAAUGGUUACACUUGUUCCUGUUUCCUUGGUUACAGCGGCUAUAACUGUGAUACAGAUAUAAAUGAGUGUUUAAGUACUCCGUGUCAACAUGGUGGAACCUGCAGAGAUCACGUGGAUUUUUACACAUGUGAUUGCAUGCCAGGAUUCACCAACUAUGAUUGUGAAACAGAUAUAAAUGAAUGUGGUAGUUCUCCUUGUCAAAAUAAUGGCACUUGUCAUGAUCAGGUCAAUGGUUAUACUUGUCACUGUCUGCCCGGGUAUACUGGAACCUUCUGUGAAAUAGACAUCAACGAAUGUAAUAGUUCACCAUGUAGAAAUGGUGGCAGCUGUCAUGAUUUGGUCAAUAGUUAUGAAUGUAGCUGUCGUCCCGGCUUUAGUGGCAGAAACUGUGAUGGAGACAUUGAUGAAUGUUUGAGUAGACCCUGUAAACAUGGGAGUCGAUGUAUAGAUAAAGUGGAUGAUUACGAGUGUAUUUGUCGUUCUGGGUAUAAUGACAAAAACUGUUCUACAGAUAUAAAUGAGUGUUCAAGUGACCCUUGUAUGAACAAUGGUACAUGUGUGGAUCAAGUCAACGGGUACAUUUGUAAUUGUGAUGCAGGAUACACUGGAAUUAAUUGUGCAACCGAUAUAAAUGAAUGUGCGGGAGGUCCAUGUAAAAAUGGCGCAGCAUGUAAUAACCUGAUUAAUUCAUAUACUUGUACAUGCUUACCUGGUUACACAGGAUAUAACUGCACUCAUGAUAUUGAUGAAUGCAAUAGUUCUCCCUGUCAACAUGGCGCUACUUGUCACGACCAGGUUAAUGGAUACAGCUGUCAGUGUGUACCAGGAUAUAGCGGGACGUUCUGUGAAAUAGAUAUAAACGAAUGUCAAGGUGCUCCCUGUAUAAAUGGUGGAACGUGUCAUGACCUCAUAAAUACUUACAACUGUUCCUGUCUACCAGGUUUUAGUGGACGAAAUUGUGAUGGAAAUAUUGAUGAAUGCAUAUCUGUGCCUUGUCAACAUGGAGGACGUUGUAUUGAUAAAAUCAACGACUACGACUGUAUUUGUCAUGCAGGCUAUGCAGAUAAGAAUUGUUCCACAGAUAUAAACGAAUGCUCCAGUAAUCCCUGUUUGAAUAAUGGCACAUGUCUAGAUCAGAUAAAUGGUUAUACAUGUAAUUGUGAUUCAGGAUAUAAUGGAUUAAAUUGUGAAACAGAUAUUAAUGAAUGUGCCAGAAAUCCGUGUAAAAAUGGAGCCAUAUGUAAUGAUUUGAUAAACUUGUACACAUGUACCUGUCUACCUGGUUAUACGGGAUACAAUUGUUCUCAUGAUAUUGACGAAUGCCACAGUACUCCUUGCCAGCAUAGUUCUACCUGUCAUGACCAGGUGAACGGAUUUGUCUGUCAGUGUCCCCCGGGAUAUACUGCAAAAUUUUGUGAAACAGAUAUUGAUGAAUGUAAAAGUAGUCCAUGCAUAAAUGGAGGCACAUGUCAUGACUUGAUCAAUAAUUACAAUUGUUCCUGUCAACCUGGCUACAGUGGGCGAAAUUGUGAUGGAAAUAUAGAUGAUUGUUCAAACCUACCAUGCCAAUAUGGUGGUCGAUGCAUAGACAAAAUUGAUGAUUAUGACUGUGUUUGUCAUUCUGGAUAUACAGACAAAAAUUGCUCUACAGAUAUAAAUGAAUGUUCCGGUAACCCUUGUAUGAACAACGGCACAUGUGUAGAUCAAGUCAAUGGAUACAUUUGCAUUUGUGAUUCCGGGUAUACUGGAAUUGAUUGUGAAACGGAUAUCAACGAAUGUGCAAGAGGUCCUUGUAAGAAUGGAGCCACAUGUAAUGACAUAAUUAACUUGUAUACAUGUACCUGUUUGCCUGGUUACACUGACUAUAACUGUACCAUAGAAAUUGAUGAAUGUUUGAGUAACCCUUGUCACAAUGGUACAUGUGAGGAUCGUAUAAACAGUUAUGAAUGUCGUUGUUCUCCAGGAUAUAAAGGAACAAAUUGUGAUAAAGAUAUUGACGAAUGUGCAAGAGAUCCUUGUGAGAAUGGUGCAACAUGUAAUAACUUGGUGAACAACUAUACUUGUAAUUGUGUUCCUGGUUAUGAUGGUUAUAACUGUCAGCAUGAAAUAAACGAGUGCAAGUCUUCUCCGUGCCAUAAUGGUGGAUAUUGCCAAGAUCACGUGAACAACUAUACGUGUGACUGUAAACCUGGUUAUGUCGGAUAUAAUUGCGAAACUGAUUUCCAAGAGUGUGAUAGUUCACCAUGUGUAAAUGGAACGUGUACCGACUUGGUAAAUAACUAUCAUUGUACAUGUACGCCUGGGUUUUAUGGAUUUAAUUGUGAUACAGAUAAUAACGAAUGUUUCAGCAGACCCUGUCAACAUAGUUCCAUUUGUAACGAUUUAGUCAAUGAUUACAGCUGUUCCUGUCUCCCUGGUUAUACUGGUAAAGAAUGCGAAAAAGAUGUUGAUGAGUGUUUGCAGAAUAACUGUACAAACGAAGCUACUUGUAUUGAUAAUAUACAUGGAUACACAUGCCACUGUAUGCCAGGUUAUUCAGGAGUAUACUGCCAGAUAGAUAUUGAUGAAUGUCAUAGCGGGCCAUGUAAAAACAGCGGGUCAUGUUAUGAUAUGAUCGAUGGUUUUAAUUGUUCCUGUGCUUCAGGAUUUACAGGUUUUUAUUGUGAUAUAGAUAUUGAUGAAUGUGCAACAAAUCCAUGUGUCAAUAUGAUGAAAUGUAUUGACCAUGUUAAUGACUAUGAAUGUAUUUGUUUACCAGGCUACGUCGACAAAAACUGUUCAACAGAUGUUGACGAAUGUUCGUCCAAUCCUUGUCAACAUGACGGUACAUGUAUAGAUUUAAUAAACAUGUAUAAAUGUAGCUGUUCUGGUGGAUAUAGUGGAACUAACUGUGAUAUAGAUAUAAAUGAAUGUGCAAGUAAUCCAUGUCAGCAUGGUGGUAAAUGUAAUGAUCUCAUUAAUGUAUACAACUGUACUUGCCCCCCUGGUUAUACGGGAUAUAACUGUCAAACAGGAAAGGCAGUGUAUAUUACUGUGUAUAAGGUGAACAAUAUUGACGAAUGUUCUAGCAAUCCAUGCGAAAACAAUGCUACGUGUAACAAUGAAAUUAAUAAGUACACAUGUACCUGUCUGCCUGGUUAUGCUGGAUAUAACUGUUCUAUAGAUAUCGAUGAAUGUGCUAGACGACUUUGUUUACAUGGAGCAACCUGCAACGAUUUGGUUAACAACUAUACUUGUGAUUGUAUCCCUGGCUAUACAGGUUAUAACUGUGAAAUUGAUAUCGAUGAAUGCCAGAGUAGUCCAUGUCGGAAUGCAGGAUAUUGUAAAAAUCUCCUCAAUUACUACAAAUGUGAUUGCUUACCUGGGUAUGCAGGAAUUAAUUGUGAAAAAGAUAUAAAUGAGUGUGUGAGCCAACCUUGCAAAAACAAUGCAUCAUGUAAUGAUCUAGUAAAUAGAUACAAUUGCACGUGUAUGCCUGGUUUUACAGGGUAUAACUGUGAUCAAGAUAUCAAUGAAUGCUUCAGUAAACCAUGUCAAAACGGAGGCAAUUGCACCGACCUUAUAAAUGAUUAUCACUGUUCGUGUCCAGCUGGUAUAUCCGGUAGAAACUGUCAAAAUGAUAUUGAUGAGUGUCUCAGCAAUCCAUGUCAAAAUAUGGGUACAUGUGUUGAUAGGAUAAAUGGAUAUACCUGUACUUGUUUGAAUGGUUAUUCGGGUACUCAUUGUCAAAUAGAUAUCGAUGAAUGUGCAAGUUCGCCUUGUUCUGCUAGUGGAGGAUACUGCGCUGACCACGUCAAUGGUUUUACUUGUCUUUGCAAGAAAGGUUACACAGGCAGACUGUGCAGUUCAGUCAUUGAUAAUUGUGCUUCCUCUCCUUGUGUCAACGCAACGUUUUGCAUAAAUGCACUUCACGAUUUUAAUUGUAACUGUAAGUCUGGAUUUACUGGGAAGCGGUGUGAUACAGAUAUUGAUGAAUGUAGGAGUAGGCCAUGUUCAAAUGGAGGUACCUGUAUAGAUAGAGUCAACAGAUAUAUAUGUCAUUGUCAUACAGGAUAUACUGGACAAAUAUGUGAAAAAGACAUUGAUGACUGUGUUAAUCACCCAUGUAAACAUGGUGGAACCUGUAUUGACCAUGUGAAUAGUUUUAGUUGUCAGUGUUCCCAAGGUUACAGAGGUUUUCUGUGUGAAAAGGGUAUCAAUCUUUGUCAACUUCAGCCUUGCAAAAAUAACGGUCAAUGUACUGCCAAAGGUCACACGUACCAUUGCACGUGUACUAAUGGAUGGACUGGUGUGAAUUGUGAAACAAAGGUUAUAAAGGAUCAGAAUUGUUAUGAAACUGAUUACGCGGACUGCAGUUGUAUGCUUUCGAGAGAUCCGUCCAAAAAGGUGUUAAUCGCCAACGUCAUCAAUAAGCGCAGUAUCAUUUCGUGCCUAGUAGGAACAUUAAUUGGCUUGUUAUCAAGUCUAGGUGGCUACUUUAUGUUUCUGAAAUUUUGUUCUGGAAUGGUUUCAUCUUGGACACCUCCAAAAUGGCCAAAACGUAUCAUUCCAUCUGAUUACCCGACGAGAUGGCCUAGAUAUCCUGACAAACAUAUCACUCCUGUUGAACGUCAUGGACCAACAAACAUCUACAGAGCAUCGAAUGAAAGUUAUGAGUUUGACAGAAGGGACUACACAAACAAACAUGACUGGUAUGUUAAUGAUUGCUUAAGUUCUCCAUGUAAAAAUGGUGGCACUUGUUGGGACCAAGUUGGUGAUUAUAAAUGUUUUUGUCCAAUUGGUUUUAUGGGUAACGAAUGCCAAGCCAUUGAUUAUUGUGCCUCAUCGCCUUGUCAGAACUUCGGAACAUGCACAUCAACAAGUACAGGUUAUACCUGUUCGUGUGGUCCUGGAUACACUGGUUACAACUGCAAUAUAGAUUUGGACGAGUGUGCCAGCAGCCCGUGUGAAAACGGCGGGACUUGUACAGACAUGGUCGGUGAUUUCUUCUGCGAAUGUCCUAUUGAAUACAAAGGCAAAAACUGUAGCACUCCACAUGAUUUUUGUAAGCCAAACCCAUGUGCUAACAAUGGUGUAUGUACAAACUACAAAGAUAGUUACAGAUGUUCCUGUCCGAGUGGGUACAUAGGUCUAGACUGUGAAAUAUAUCAACCUGAGGUAAAAUGA